AUUACACAAUCGGUGUUGUUUCGUUCCAAUAUUACCAACACCAUUAGUCUUCAACUGAUUCAGAUGCCAAAGAUCAUUACUUGACGCAUUUCGGUUACGACAAUGGCGCAUUAUGCUGCUUCUGAUGGUGUUAUGGCAUCAUGGUUAACGUUCGUCGUGUUUCUAGUGAUUCGCCAACUGAUCAUUGUUCGCUACCGAAAUAUUCGGAAUCAUAGACUUGUAUUCUUUGUUGUGUUGGUUGGGUCAGGGAUAUUGAUUACUAUGCAUUUUUGGGAUUUAGAAACAGUUCCAUAUACCAAGAGAACCCGCUGCAUUUUGUUAUCUAAUGACAUGGAGAGGCAACUUGGUGAGGCUGAAUUCGAGAUAAAGAAGGCGAGUUUUAAGGGAAGGAUCUUGCCUCCCAUACACCCUGAGAGUGUGAGGAUAAGGAUGAUAUCAAUGGAAAUCAUUGAUACCUUGCAGAGAGGGUUGAGCAAGGAACAAGUUUGGAGUGAUGCUAGUGCUUAUUGUAAGGCAGAGAGUGGUUGGCACAAGGAAGAUGAAAUCCUUGAUGACAGUUGGGUUCAGCAAAGUAGAAAGAAAGGGGCAGCUGCCUCGCAUCUCCAUGGAUUGAAUUGGGAGGUGCUUGUUGUCAAUGAGUCGGAAGUCAAUGCCUUUUGGCUACCUGGUGGUAAGAUUGUUGUAUACACCGGAUUGUUAGAGCAUUUUAAAAGUGAUGCUGAGAUUGCUACUAUAAUUGGACAUGAGGUUGGUCAUGCUUUGGCCCGACACACCGCUGAAUAUAUGACGAAGAAAUUGUGGUUUGCUAUCCUGCAGUUUAUUCUUUAUCGAUUUGUCACCCCGGAAAUCGUCACCAUAAUGUCUUCUCUUUUCUUGAGCCUACCAUUCAAUCGACUGUAUAACUUCGAUGGAAAUGGAAGCCGAUUACAUUGGCCUGCUCUUAAUUGCUUCCGCCGGAUAUGAUCCACGGGUGGCGCCCACAGUGUAUGAGAAGCUGGGAAAAGUCAAGGGUGAGUGGGCACUUUGGGACUAUCUCUUCACUCAUCCAUCUGGAAGAAAGAGAGCAGAGUUGCUCUCCCAGGCCAAAAUAAUGGAAGAAGCAUUCACCAUAUACAAGAAUGCUAGGUCUGGAAGAUGUAUUGAAGGAUUUGUUUGGACCAACAUAACUUAUAUUGCCACACCAGAAUCAACAAAGAACCUGUAGAUGAAACUUAAAAGAAUUCUGUUUUAGCCAAAAGAAAAGCUAGACAAUUUUCUGUAUGAUGAAUUUUGUCAACAAUUUAGUUUCAUAGAUAGAUGUUUGUUACGUAAAGUGUUAAUUGCACAGCGCUUCAAAGAAAAUUAUUGAUUAGAUCAUCUGUUCUAACAUCUCAAAGGUGUUUCUAAGGUAGAAGGGACUAUUUUUUCAUGUGUUCA